AUGUCUUUAAGAUUUGGAAGUGAUACAGAAUUAGAACCCUUUGAGAGUUACCAAGCUCAACCCCUCGGUAGUAACGGAGUAAAGCUUGAAAUUGAGAUAAAGAAAUCUACAUCCGAAUUUGAGCAUAGAUUUGUGAAUGAUUUUAGAACUUAUAACUGCCUUUUAGGUAAAAAAUUUACCUCCGUAACGGAGGAAGGGUUCGUUAUCUGGAAAUCCGACAAUACAACAUCUGAUAAUACAACAUCUUAUAGUACAACAUCUGAUAGUACAUCUGAGUCUGCAGGUUCCAGUACAGUGUAUAUCUCAGAAAAGAAGGAGAGAUACAUGUUAAUCUUACUUGAAGAUGAUUAUAAAUUAUUUUAUAAAAAGGGUAAUGGGAUACUGUGGACAGAUAUCACUGACGAUAGAAUAAAAUUAUAUCGAAUCAGUUUAUGUCGUGAUGACAUUGACUUGAGAGAGGGAAAGGAUUACGAAUAUCAAUUGAGGAUGUUUGAUUAUAUGUUUUAUUUUAAGAAGGAGUGUAAGGAGGUUUGGUACAUGGGAAGGUUAAUUUGGCGUUUUAAUGAGAAUUUUAUAACCAGAAAACCGAAAGGUUUCUUUGUCAACUUGGUAAAUAACAGUUUUAGACUAAAUUACGGUGACACCAGUAGACAUUAUGAUUCUGCACCCAGAAUUAAGAUGUUUAAACUGGUUAACGAGAAAUACGUUGAGAUGACAAAUUCAGAUUACAUUACUAUAAGAAAUUACAAGUGGUUUGCUUUUAAGUUUAUUUUUACAAGGGUAAUUACAGAUUUAAGAAUUACACUUGAUAAUAAUAUACUCUGGGAAGGCGAUUCCGAAUACUUUUACUCACUAUUAAUAGACGAAUCGGAUAAUAGAAUACAAAUUGAUUCUUACAACUCUGUCAUCACACUACAUUAUAAUCACUUAAUCCGUAACACAACUAACAACAGUAAUGACACAACUAACCACAGUGGUGACACAACUAAUUUACCAAGUGGUUUAAGAGGAGGUUGGGAAAUAGAGGAGCAUAAGAUGAAUAAGAAUAUUAAGAUAUAUCAUUAUCCUAUAGGUAAUAUGAUAGGUUUAGUGGGUAGAAGUUUAUAUAGUGUGGAAUUAAUAUAUCCAGGCUGUUUUGAGUAUAUUCUUAAUAAAGGGCUUAAAAUCUGUGCAAUGGUAAUAGACUGUAAAACAGCGUAUAUACAUGACAUUGGCACAGAAUACCUUAAAGGCUUUAUUUACGACUUGAUUGAGGAGGAAUUGGAAUAUUACGUACAAGGGAAACUAAUACAGAAGAAAUGGGUUGGUAUGGACUGGGGACUUAGGAUAGAUAAGCUACCACAUCUGAACAUCCUAGAACCCAGAGAAUGGGCUGAAAAUGGUAAAUUUGCUAAAUUUAUCGAACCACAACAAAACCUACAAUUAUACCAAUAUACAUAA